UGACAGACAUGGCCUGUUAAGUGGCAACACAACUGUAAAGGCCCCUCAGACACGGUCCAGUGUGCUGUGUUUAUUUUGACAUUUAAAAUGGGAGCUGCGCCUUUAACUGAGCACUGUGCUCGCUUGAAAAACGUUGUUUCGCGAGAUUUGCUUGGCGCCGCGACCUCAUGUGAGACACCUCCUGCGCGAGCCAGUCCGACGUUUACCUCUGCAGAGGAAAACGCAAUGGAUCCCUGAACAUCUUUUCUUUGGUUGUUGUUUGUUUUUGUUUUUAAUUUCCACCUCGCCCCUACGGCCCCGGCGAAACAACACCCGCGUGCCCCCCCCUCCCCCCCACCCCCCCAAAAAACAGCUUUCUCCGAUUUUUGUUUUGUUUUAAAUUUGAGGACGUGAACAGGGCGGCGCAGCGAUGUGGAUCCAGGUUCGUACCAUAGACGGGAAGGAGACGCGAACCGUGGAGGAUCUCUCUAGACUGACCAAAAUCGAGUCCCUGCGGUUGAAGAUACAGGACAUCUUCAACGUGGGCCCGCAGCAGCAGCGGCUCUUCUACCGAGGGAAGCAGAUGGAAGAUGGCCAGACACUGUUUGAUUAUAACGUGGGUCUCAACGACAUCGUCCAGCUGCUGAUUCGCUCUCAAACUGACCCUCCAGACAGCCCCGUCGCCAAGGACUCCUCGGGUGUUGCCUGUAGUUCAACUCCCCCGCCCGACCCCAGGUCUGAAAGCCAUAAUUCCCCAGCUCCUGUCUCCCCCGCUGACAUGGAAACCAACACCAAUAUAGACAAUGGCAACAGCAGCAGCAUCAUCACUACCAGCACCAUUAAUGAAACCAAACCGGACACCAGCGCUACCAGUAACUCAACCAGUACCAAAAAUGGGUUCAAGCCCUCCAGUCCAUUACGGGACACCCAGCCUCCUACAUCCAGCAAAAACGCACUAGUUGACCCGGGAUUUGGUGUGUUCAAGGUCAACGAGCUGGUGGACUGCAGAGACGUCAGCAUCGGUGCCUGGUUCGAGGCCUGCAUCGAAAAUGUGACACAGGCUCCCAAAGGACAGAUAACGCCCCCCAAGGGCAAGGUGGGCCGGCCCCCAAAAAGGACUAAUGGAAAGCUGGAGGCCGAGCCGGGACAGGCCCACUUCGGCGUGGGCCAAACCACAGACAGUAACAGGAAUAAUGUUGUGUUAAACUCGGAGAGCAAUGGAGCCUCCACCUCUCAGACAGACCCCGCAGCCGCUGCAGAGGGCAAGGAGAGAGAAGAGGACGUCAUUUACCACAUUAAAUAUGACGACUACCCCGAGAACGGCGUGGUAGCGAUGCGGUUGAGGGAUGUGCGGCCCCGUGCCAGGACCCUUCUGCGGUGGGACCAGCUCCAGGUGGGCAUGCAUGUGAUGGUCAACUACAAUAUGGAGACACCAGAUGAGAGGGGCUUCUGGUUCGACGCCGAGAUUCAAACCCUCAACCAAUCCUCCCGCACCAACAAGGAGCUCCGGGUCAAGAUCCUCCUCGGGGGUCCUGGGGAUGUGAUUGGAGAUUGUAAGGUUCAGUUUCUGGAUGAAAUCUACCAGAUGGAGAAACCAGGAGCUCGUGCACUCUCAGCUGCAGACGGACAAUUUAAACGGAAGAGUGGGCCAGAGUGCAAGCACUGCAAGGCUGACCCCGAGACCGAGUGUCGCUUCUGCUCCUGCUGCGUGUGCGGCGGGAAGCAGGACGCUCACAUGCAGCUGCUGUGUGACGAGUGCAACAUGGCGUUUCACAUCUACUGCCUCAACCCGCCGCUGGCCACCAUCCCAGACGACGAGGACUGGUACUGUCCCACCUGUAAAAAUGACACCAGCGAGGUUGUGAAAGCAGGAGAGAAGCUCAAAGCCAGCAAGAAGAAAGCCAAGAUGCCUUCGGCGACAACCGAGAGUCAAAGGGACUGGGGAAAGGGUAUGGCUUGUGUGGGCCGUACUAAAGAAUGUACAAUUGUUCCUUCAAACCACUACGGACCCAUACCUGGGGUUCCUGUUGGAACCACCUGGAAAUUCAGAGUGCAGGUGAGCGAAGCAGGUGUUCACAGGCCACAUGUCGGCGGUAUCCACGGGCGCAGUAACGAUGGCUCCUAUUCACUGGUGUUGGCUGGGGGCUUCGAGGAUGAAGUGGACCGGGGAGAUGAGUUCACCUACACGGGCAGCGGGGGUCGGGACCUCUCGGGAAACAAACGGAUCGGAGAGCACUCUUUUGACCAGACACUGACGCACAUGAACAGGGCAUUGGCCUUAAACUGUGAUGCACCUCUGAACGACAAAGACGGGGCAGAGUCGAGGAACUGGCGGGCAGGAAAGCCGGUGAGGGUCGUGCGCAGCUCCAAGGGCCGACGCAUCAGCAAAUACGCUCCCGAGGAGGGAAACCGCUAUGAUGGUAUUUAUAAGGUGGUAAAGUACUGGCCAGAGAUCGGAAAGUGUGGCUACUUGGUGUGGCGGUACCUGCUGAGACGGGAUGACCUGGAACCAGCACCGUGGACGCCUGAAGGACAAGAGAGGAUCAAGAAACUGGGCCUUGCUGUUCAGUACCCGCCAGGCUACUUGUCGGCCAUGGCUAACAAAACAAAGAAGGAGGCCUGUGCCAGACCUGGUCGCGGCGGCCGGGGGAAGCACUAUCCCGGAAGGGGGAGACCACGGAGACAACGCAAGAUCAAGGAGAAGGAGGAGAUCGACGAGGACGAGGAGGACAUGCAGCCGGUGGCCAGCGUGGAAGAGGAGGAGGAGCCACCGAGUAACGGAGAGCAGAAGACGACCAGAGACAGGGAAUCGUCACCAGCAGCAGAGCCUCCGUCUAAACGGGUGAAGAUAGAGGAGACCUUCCAGCUGUCAGAGCAGCAGCAGCAGUUGAUCCGCGAGGACACGGCCAACAAGAAACUCUGGGAUGAAGCCAUGGAAAACCUUAAAGAGGGGCCGAAUUUCCUUCGCAAGAUGGAGCAGAUCUUCAUGUGCGUGUGCUGCCAGGAGCUGGCCUUCCAACCGGUCACCACCGUCUGCUCACACAACGUUUGCAAGACUUGUCUCCAGCGGUCGUUUCGAGCGCAGGUGUACAGCUGCCCCGCCUGCCGCCACGACCUGGGCAAGGACUACGCCAUGACCCAAAACAAGAUGCUCCAGAUGCUGCUUGACCAGUUCUUUCCCGGCUACAGCAAGGGCCGAUGAGGUUCCGAACGCCAGUUAGACGUAGAAUACGCACACCGACGAACACGCAAGCAUCCGUUCUUUGCACUUGUGUGUACCGUCAACGUACCUAGAGCUCCACUUUAAAAAAUGCAUUACGCACACAUACUGUACUUACCCACGGGCAAAUGUAUAUUGCAUAUAUACAACCAUUCAUGUAUACAAUCAGUCAUACACAAACCACCUCAGUAGGGGACUGACCCUCAUCUGUUGAACUUGGACCGUCUCCAUUAACAUCACCAGCCUGAAAUUCAACCGGGACAUUUUUGACCUCCCCACUCUGCUGCCACAUAAACGCACAAAAGGAGCCCCGAACUCUCGCACCCACUCGUCAUCCAAAUUCCCCUUAGUUCAUUUUGUAGUUUCUUGUCCACAUUGUGAGAGUGCACACGUCUCCCCAGCAAUAUCACGAAACCAGCCGUUAGAUACCUGCCAACCUGUGCGCAUUUUUUUGUACCACUUAUGCAGUUGCGCGCCAAAAUUAGUGUUUUACUCAGCUGGCAAAUAAAUACAGGUUACACAAGGUUACUGAAGACACACAUAUCAGGUAACAUCUGUAGGUCAGCCUCAGAGUUGGCCUUUUGUACUAAGUAAAACUUAUCACAAUAACGAAUUAACAUUCAUUUCUACAUACGAAACAAAGCACAUAGUUCUUUUGUGACCUUGGAGCACUUUAUUACCGUUUUGUAGGUUAAUCAGGAGCAUUCCUUAACUUCUCAUGUCACUUGGAAUGAUGCCAUUUUCAUGCGUUUGAGCUAAUACGAUUAGCAAAUGUCUCUCCGGGGUUAAUUUUCAGAGAACAGGAAUUGGCACUUGUCCAGUUUGUUUGGAGUGUUGGGAGAUUUCUGGCUCCAGUAGAGCCACAACUUUUAUAUCCUUUGUGGAAUGCAAAAAUGAUGACAACCCUCUCCCCUUAGAUUUAAAUGUGGAAUGAAAUCACGGCAUGUAUAUAUAAUAAUCAUACCAAAGACAUUGGGCUCUAGAACAGAUAGGAGCAAAAAAAAAAAUUGCGAUUUCAGAUUGAAACCUCUAACACUGCUGGAAUAUUUUAUUUACCCAUGAAGGAAAUCCUCACAUACUUGUACUCUUAGAUUCACAUUUCAGUCUUAUAUUCACAUUUCAGUCAAAAAAAUGUGACUAAACUGUUCUUGAGCAUUGAUAUGCUGUAAUGAUGCAAUGGAAAUCAAAGAUUUACAUUAGAUCACUCGAAGACUUGGUGCUCUAAAAAAAAAAAAUGCUCGAAAAGCGUGACGUGCGCUCUUCUUGCACAUUCCUUUCAAUCACUCUGUGGUCAUCCCCGGUGUUACCAAGCAACCACAAUCAAGCAAGACUCACAACGAUGUUUAGCAUAGAUAUUAAUCUGCUUGUUGUUCUUCCUAUUAGACUCUGAGUAUUUGGCAUGAUCCGCCUCUCCGUUCAUUAAAAACAAAGUAAUCCAGUGAGUGAUCGCAGGAUGGUGGGAGUUACAUCCAGGACGUGGAUGUACAGAUCUCUCAGUUUGUCGUGAUUGAGCCUGAAAAUAAGACCACUGAUUUCUGUUCCGUUACAAAGAGCGUUCAGAUGAACAUGGUGGCUCAGGGACACAUUGUGCAGUGUUCACACACACACACACACACACACACACACACACACACACACACACACAAACAUACAGUACUGUAUAUAAUACCCUACAGUUUCCUAAUGUUAAUCAUUUAUUAUAUAAUCAGGAAUUUACUGAUUUAAAAUUAUAAAAAAUGUCAAACAUUCCAGAACUUUCUGGAGGUUUUCAACAGCACUUACGAUAUGCUAUUGAAUGUUUCAAUAGGUAAGGUGUUCAAAACAUUGAAAAUAUAUAUAUAUAUAUAUAUAUAUAUAUACUGUAUAUAUAUAUAUAUAAUAGGAAAAUGUGUGAGGAGUGAAAUAAAGAGAUGGAUAGAUGUCGGCCCAGGUUGAUCAUUUAAUGUCCGUGUCCCUUUCAGCCAGUUAAUAGGCCAUUAGAUGAGAUAGAUUUGUUGGACAGAGGUGAAAGUUUUAUAACGUUUUAGGCAACAGUGUCCACUUUUUUUUAAUAGGUUGUUAUCCAGUGGAUUCAGCCUGGCCAGCGAAAAUUGCCCCAUCAUCGUAACCUUGCACUUACUUAAACGAUUGCCUUCUUUUAACCAUUACAUAAGAAAUACCUCGACCACAGGAGGGACGAGCUGCCUAUACGUGCUGAAUACAGAGGCCUCUGUAGUGUUGCAUGUAUUAUACAGCCCAACUCCAUUUUGUCAGAGUUACAAAUGUUUUUGUUUCUAUCUUAAAGCUGCAAACAGUGAUUUGCAUCCUUCAUGGUGCUGAAGUGGUACUUGAAAUAUGUCCAGGGUUGGCAGGUCUGACGGGGAACUAAAACAAAAAAAAAAACAUCCCAUGGAGAGCACAUGGCCGACAGCAGAGCCCUUACACUCACCUGUGACCUCGAGUGCUGAGGUUCACAUGAAAUCCGAAAUCGUUUCAACAAAUCGUUUAUUUUUUAAAUGCUACAAAAUGUGGCCCUCGUUCACUGACACCAUCACGUUCACCUGUAACGGCCUUUUCAAGGCAAAGCCAUGGUUGUUGUUUUUUAUUCCUGCAGAGCCGGCGGCGGCUUCGACCGAGUCGGUGGGCCGUUUUGUUUUUAUGGUGACGUCCUCGUUUCUGUUCAAUCAUUCAGGAUUUUUUCUCUGUUGUCGACAACAUGCAAGUACAAAUGCUACUAUGGUCUUUGAAGCUAACUGUGAUGUGCAUUACUUCCUCUGUUGCUUAAUCUUGUUCAAAAAGGUUAUUUUCUCCCUGCAUUGACUGGCAAAGCUAAUAGACCCUCCUUUCUUUCUCUGCCGUGACCUUCGACCCCCCCUCCCUUUCCGCUGUCUUCUGCUCUCCGUGAAACCUACAGUACUAACAAUUUUUAGACGUCUUGUGGACGCUUGGCUUCAGUGCUGUGUUGUUUUUGUUUUUUUCUAUGGCACUCUUGAAGAAAAAAAAAUGUUUGAGAAGUCACAUUUCAUUUUUCUUAGAAUGCUUACUAUUAUCUAUGUCUGUGCGCCAAUAUUUUUUUCUCUCUACAAUUUAGUUGCUUCUCUCUUCUAUUUUAAUCAUUAGACAUCUUUGUGGCAACUUCAAACAUUGCAGCAUAUGCCGAUCUGAGGAGUUCCAUUGCUUCAUAUUGUGAUCUGAAAUUUUAUACAUGUCAUAAUAAUACUUGAUAUGUACCUAUUAAAUAUUUCGAUUCCAGAAAAAAAAGAAAA